AAAGUGGGAAUCAAAAAUCAAAAAAGGAAAAAAAUGGAGAGUUCUCAGCCCAAAUUCUUUAGCGUCCGAAUUGUUUCAAUCGACUACUACAUGGCGCCUCCUGUUCAUGAACUUGACAUUUCUUACAGUACUUUCCAUGGUGGGAAGGUGAGCGAGGUACCAGUGAUAAGAAUAUACGGUUCGACUCCGGCUGGCCAGAAGACUUGCUUGCACGUUCAUCGAGCUCUACCUUAUCUUUACAUUCCCUGCUCUGAUGUGGGCCCUGUAACAAAUGAUGAAGCAGUUGAUUCACAAACACAUACUAUAUUUCUUUCCCUUGAGAAGGCUUUGAAGCUCAAAGGUAAUGUUGGCUCAAAACGUCAACAUGUGCACGGUUGCGAUCUUGUUCAGGCAAAGAAGUUUUAUGGUUAUCAUUCUUCAGAGGAUCUGUUUCUGAAGAUUUAUUUCUAUCAUCCACAGGAUGUUUCUCGUGCUGCAAAUCUUCUUCUGACAGGUGCAAUAUUGGAUAAAGUUUUACAGCCUUAUGAAUCGCAUAUACCUUUUCUUCUCCAGUUCUUGAUCGACUACAAUUUGUAUGGGAUGGGUCAUUUACAUGUUUCAAAGAUAAAGUUUCGGUAUCCUGUUCCAGAUGUUUUCUUUCAGCCGAAAGUUCAGUGCAACGGCAAAACGAGACCAUUGACGGAUGAAUCCGCUUCCAUGGAUUCUCAGGCAGAUUUAGGUGGUGAUUUGAAUGUGAAUACCCCAAUAUGGACAUCUUCUACAAUUCCGGAUGGGUGGAUCUGGCAAGAUAAUUCUCACUUCAGACGUCAGAGUACCUCUGAGCUGGAAGUAGAUGCCAUAGCACACGGUUUGUUUGUUAUUAUAAUUGCCUUGAAGUUGAUGCUGUCCUCUCCUUUGUCCAUUUUAGCUAAUAUUUUUUAUUUAUCAUACGUUGAUGUCCAGAUCAUAAAUCAGCAGUCGACAUCUUAUGCACCUCUUUCUCAAACCCGUUCCGAUACUAAAAUGGUUCAGUCAUUAAUACCAAUGUGGGAGGAAGAAUAUGAAAGGAACGGUGUGCCUGAGGCCAUACCUCCUUACUCUGACAAACCAAGUCCGCGAGACGUAUUGAGGAUUCUGUCAGAUGAAGUUGAGUUUGAAAAUUUUAUGGAAGUGAAAAAUGAUGCAGAAAGCUGGUCGCAUUUGACUCCAGAAUCAAUCAAAUCUUCUGUAGGUUGUGCAGAUUUGGUUGACGCUGGGAUUGCUAACCUCGAGAAUAGCAAUCCUUUGCCUUCCAAAUAUUUCAAAGCAAGUGACACAAUUGGAUCUUCAUUAUUGUUGGAUUCACCAUUUCAGAAAGUUAAUGCCUCAGAAACUAAUGAGAUUGAUGCAGCUGAUCAACUGCAAAUAUCUGGCACCAUGGGACCAUCGAAUGCAAAGGACACAGAUGACGAUGCAUUAAGGCUUUUGAAGUGGCUUGCAUCUUCUCAAGCCGAAGGGGAUAUCAAUUCUGAUGAUGAACUCGCUCGGGAGACACUUUUAAGUCCCUUAGUACCUUCAAAAGACAUCAACAAGGUCUUAGAGAGAGCCAAUGGGGACUAUGAGAGUGAAUCCCAGAAAGAGUGUCAAGACAUUCUUGAUUCUAUAGAUAUGUUAAACUUUGACGAGUUGAACGGUGAGCACAAUAAUUCUCGAAAAGUUAUGUCGAAUAACGUAAUACCUCAAGUGGAUGGCUCCAGUGACGAUCCUCAGUCAACUCCCUGCUCCAGUAAGUCGAUCAAAACAGAUAAUAGUGAAGCAAACCCGUCUGUGGGAGUUCAAUCAUGGCCUGAAUUAGAUUCAAACUUAACCUGUAAGCACAGAAGGAAAAGACCUCGAUGGGGUUCUUUACCUAUUUCUUCUCAGAAAGCGAGCGAUGUUUCACAUCCCAACACAUUUUCCAUUUUAAGUGGAUGUGACAAUGAGAAAAAAGAAGGUUUAGGAACUUCUUGGAUUGGGAAGGAAGCAGAAGAAAUUCCACCAGUAAUGUUUGAAUGCUCUACACGAGAUUUGAUGAGGAGAAAGCGGUCUCAUCGAGCUGAACUAUCUGAGUUUGGGAGCCUAGUGGAAGAUUAUAAAGCAGAAUCAUACUGUGAUGCUGAGUGCGAGAAAGGAGAUAUACAUCUUGACACAAAUUUUUUGAGUGACAUCGGAGAGAAAAAGGAUCUUUUUUCACCCAUCGAUAAACCUCCUUUAAAAGAUGAGGGGACGACGUGUAAUACAAGGAACAUGAGAUCUACCGUUGAUGUGUGCGAGGCUCUUCUCAAUAAAUCAACCAGUUCUCGUCUUCCGAUUUAUGGAGAAUUGCCUCUAUCCUCUAGCAAGGAUAGAACUGAAGUGUUAAAUAAGUUAAUGAAUGGGAAUCCGGAGCAUGUCAAACGAGUUGAUUCUGGAGAAAGCUAUCGUGGUGAAUAUUCACAGAGCUCUAUGGAUUAUGAUACAAACCUUCAUGUCAGUUCUUGCAAGCUUGCAAAUCUUCACGUUCGGCAAAAAGGUGCUUUGGAUUCUUCUACUGUGCCUUCAAAUAUAGGUCCAAGUGACCUUGUAUCCAGAACUGACUAUACAAGUGAAAGUGGAUGUCAGACCUCAAUCUCUAUGUGUAAGUUGGCUGAAAUUCCAGCUGAGGAUUUGAAGGGCAUGGGAAUGCAAACAACACUUCCGCAGUUCGAAAAUCCACCACAUCACGGAAGAAGUUUCGACUCAUCCAAGUCUUGUGAAACGUCAAAAGAUAUAAACAAUGAAGCUGGAACUGUAAACCUAAUUGGUAUGACCUUCUCGAAAAAACCUCCAAUUAUAGACUGGACAUAUGAGCCUGAGAGUGAAGGUUCUGUGUUGCCUGGGAAUGGGGGCAGUAAAGCAGGAGCAUCUCUUGAGGGAAGAUUUGAAGAUGGUUGCAUCCCUUUUUUCUCGACGAACUCCCUAGAAGAGGAAGAAGAACUUCAGGGUGUUAGCCCUAGAAACUGCGAGUAUAUUGAUAGCCAUGAACUAGUAAUGGGUGUUCCUGUCAUGCAUCAGAAUGACGGGUCAUAUUUAUACAUGCUGACCCCUGCAGUGUCACCUCCAUCUCGGGAAUCUGUUGAUAGGUGGUUGUCAUUUGAUUGCUAUAAUACUUCGGAGCAAAAGCUAGAUGCACCGAUUCUCCCGAUAUCUAAGGGAUUCCCUGGUGAUAUAGUGGAUUCACAGGGUUCUCGGGCUGAUGACAGUAAUUCCCCUUUGACCAGUUCUGCUUCGUAUGAAGAAAAGUCUGAUUUUAAUCAACUACACGAGCUUAAUCAAGAUAACUGCCAUACGGAAGUUAAAAUUCGUAACGAGGCUAAGAAAAAAAUAUCAACUGGCUUCUCGCAAGAUAUCUCUCAGAUAUCUGGUCCUGAUAAAAUGGUGAGGCUGACUCCAUUGAGUCAAAUUGGUUUUCGGGAUCCAGCAAGUGUUGGUCAAGGGCAGCAACUAACGCUGAUCAGUAUAGAGGUACUGGCUGAAUCUAGAGGAGAUUUAAGACCCGACCCUCGAUUUGAUGCCGUCAACGUCAUUGUUCUUGUUAUUCAAGAGGAUGAAGAAUCUGCACUCGACACUCGCAUUCUUCUGCGUUAUGAUUCUGUUAAUGUUGAAAAGGACCUUGAUGCUGUUUCAGAGUCCAAGCUGUUUGUUUUUACCGAAGAGCUACAAUUGUUUAACCAUUUUACAAAGGUCAUUCAUGCAUCUGACCCAGAUGUUCUGAUGGGCUGGGAUGUUCAAAGUGGCUCCCUUGGAUUUCUGGCCGAAAGGGCUGCACACCUUGGCAUUGGUUUGCUAAAUAAUAUAUCAAGGACACCAUCAAAAAAAAAAGUAGCUUCUGGAGAUUCCGGAACUUCUGAAAAAGAGACGAUGAAAGGCAUAUUUUCUGAAUCAGUAACAACUGAAGCAGUCCCUUUGGAGAACAUUAUUGACGAUGAGUGGGGAAGAACACAUGCCAGUGGUCUUCAUGUAGGUGGAAGAAUUGUGCUUAAUAUUUGGAGACUGAUGAGGAAUGAAGUUAAGCUUAAUAUGUACACUGUCGAAGCUGUAACUGAAGCAGUUUUGAGGCGAAAAAUUCCUUAUAUCCCUUGGGAAGUUCUGACAGAAUGGUUUUCUAGUGGUCCUGGAAGAGCAAGGUACAAGUCUAUUGAUUAUAUAUUAGAGAGAGCAAAGUUGAAUUUGCAAAUCAUGGAUCAGCUUGAUAUGAUAAACCGAACAUCAGAACUUGCUCGAGUAUUUGGCAUUGACUUUUUUUCAGUACUAUCUCGAGGUUCACAGUAUCGUGUUGAAUCAAUGUUUCUGCGGUUAGCACAUACACAGAACUAUCUUGCCAUUUCUCCUGGAAGCCACCAAGUUGCCAACCAACCAGCUAUGGAAUGCAUACCUCUUGUUAUGGAGCCGGAAUCUAAUUUUUAUGCAGAUCCUGUCAUUGUUUUGGAUUUUCAGUCACUUUAUCCAUCGAUGGUAAUUGCAUAUAACCUUUGCUGUACAUGCCUAGGAAAGAUUGCACCUCCGAAGGAAAAUACUCUUGGUGUCAGUUCGUACAUACCAGAUAUUAAUAAUUUACACAAUUUGAAAAAUGAACUACUGAUUACUCCCAAUGGCGUUGUCUAUGUUCCUUCAAAAGUUCGGAAAGGGAUACUACCUAGGCUAUUAGACGAGAUAUUAUCAACCAGAAUUAUGGUGAAACAAGCAAUGAAAAAAUUGGAUGCUUCUCAGCUGGUUCUUCACAGGAUAUUUAAUGCUCGACAGCUUGCUUUAAAGCUUAUAGCAAAUGUUACUUAUGGAUACACAGCUGCUGGAUUUAGUGGACGCAUGCCUUGUGCUGAGCUUGCCGACAGUAUUGUGCAAUGUGGCCGUAGAACGCUGGAAGCUGCAAUUUCUUUUGUAAACUCAAAUGAUAAGUGGAAAGCUAGAGUGAUAUACGGUGACACAGACAGCAUGUUUGUACUCCUUAAAGGGCGUUCUCUUAAAGAAGCUUUCACAAUUGGACGAGAAAUUGCAUCAGCAAUAACUGAAAUGAAUCCAACUCCCGUCACGUUAAAAAUGGAAAAAGUUUACUACCCGUGUUUCCUCCUCACGAAAAAACGAUAUGUUGGAUAUAGUUAUGAAAGUCCUGAUCAGAGCAAGCCAGUAUUUGAUGCUAAGGGUAUUGAGACAGUGCGAAGAGAUACAUGUGAAGCUGUAUCUAAAACUAUGGAGCAGUCAUUAAGAACCUAUUUUGAAAGUCAUGAUAUUGACAAGGUCAAAGCAUAUUUGCUGCGUCAGUGGACAAGGAUAUUAUCUGGCAGGGUGUCUCUUCAGGAUUUUAUUUUCGCUAAGGAGGUUCGCCUCGGUACUUACAGUACACGCACUAGUUCACUCCCUCCAGCUGCAAUUGUGGCCACUAAAAAAUUGAAAGCCGAUCCAAGGGCAGAACCUCGUUAUGCUGAGCGAAUACCUUAUGUAGUGGUCCAUGGUGAACCCGGGGCUCGUUUGGUUGAUAUGGUUGUGGACCCACUUGAACUACUUGCCAUCAAUUCCCCUUUUAGAUUAAACGAUGUUUAUUACAUCAGCAAACAAAUAAUCCCAGCUUUACAGAGAGUGUUUGGUCUUGUUGGAGCUGAUCUGAACCAGUGGUUUUUAGAGAUGCCUCGUCCUGCGCGUGAAGCAGUUGGAAAACGCCACUCCCUUGUGACAAAUCCGCAGAGGACAAGAAUUGAUUAUUACUACGUAUCGAAACAUUGUAUCCUAUGUGGCGAGUUAGUUCAGGGAGGAUCAAAUCAACUGUGUCCAAACUGUUCCAAGGACGAAUCAAUUGUUGCUACAGCUUUGAUAGGAAGAACUUCGAAACUGGAAAAGGAUAUCCAACACCUUGCUGCUAUAUGUCGUCACUGUGGGGGUGGAGAUUGGCGUAUUGAAAGUGGAGUGAAAUGCAUUUCAUUGGCAUGUUCGGUUUUCUAUGAAAGAAGGAAAGUUCAGAAAGAGUUGCAGUCGGUCUCGGAAGUUGCUACAAGAACCGGUUUCUACCCAAAAUGUACGGUGGAGUGGUUUUAAUUCUAUCUUAUGUGCCCUAUAUAUAUAGACUAUACUUGUUAAAUAUGUAACUACAUAAAUACCUCUCUUGGA